AGAAUUUUCAGUUAAAUGGUCCGCUUUUUUGGAAAAUAUUCAACAAUUCUAGUUUCUCUAGAAACCUCCCCAGGAAUUUCUGCACCAAUUAUCCCCAAGUCAAAAUUUUAGGGAUUUUUUGUUGAACAGAAAGUGCCCCAUGUAAACACAACGCAACCAUAUAAAUUAUAUCCUUUCGUAAAAUGGUCCAUGUGACAUCAUAUAAAAUUUUUGACAUUGAAUCAUCAUAGUAAAUAGAGCAGAAUGGUGAAUGACACUCGUUCACAUUUUUGGCCUCAACAAUCAUAGUUGUUUACCACUGGCAGCGGAACUAACCAAUAGCAACAUUUCAGUCAUGUAACUCAUGCAUUGCCAUCUUUUGUCGCUCCUUUGAUGUUUGCUGGGCUCCAUAAUCAUUCCCAUCUACGACUUCAUGUAAUCGGAGCAGCUGUUUUCUGAUCAAAUUCUGUAAAAGAGGCUGCUGAUAGCCUGCUGUUUUGUUAACACUCCUAUCGCAUAAGCCUGAUUGUCAUUGCCUGUCAUUUCACUGAGUGACAGCUAAUGUCCCUUAUCACCCUUGCUUAUCUCGCCAGCACUUUUGUUUUCAAUCCAUCUUGAUACCACACGAUCCUCAGGACCGGGAAACAAUUUUCCACACAUAAGUAUUCAAGGAUUCAUAACGAAAAAUUUUUUUACACAAACUGAAUGGACAAUUAUUAAACCUAAAACUGUACAUUUUUCAUCAACAACUGAAUUGUCGCAAAACAACUUCACUACUUAGUUUCUAACGUCUUUGACUGUUAGUUCAUAUUUCUUUCAGUUUCUUGCCGACUAUCGCAAAGAGCCUUUUAGCUUGACGAUAAAAAUAAGCUUGUGCCUCAAGUCUUAAAUUAAAAUACGCUUACUUCCUGUUGUUAACUUUGAUUUCUACUACUGUACAUCUCUAGAACUUAUUUAAAGACCCUGUCAAAAAAUACCUACUUUUACCAUAAUACUUUGUCUCUUCUUGUCCAUCCAGUGCUUAAUUUCUUUGUCCAAGUCAAUUUUCUCCAACACAUACAAAUCUAGCAAGACUGCCGCUGUUGCUGUAUCUGUCAUGGCGUUAGGCCUCUGUCUUCCUUCUACAUUACCUGUGUGUUGAUUUUGCCACAACAAACAAAAUGCUUGGGAUAAACUCAGUUCCCUCUCCGCGAUGGAAUGUUUAUCGAACCUGUCAGAAGCGAGUAAUUCGCCAAUUUUGGCUGAAACGACCCAUUCGGAAGCCAUUACGAAAAUUUCAAAAUAUUUAGCCGAAUAUUUUGCCAAUAGUGUGUCGAGAGUGGGUAGCCUGUGCAUCAUGGAGACUGUAGGGGAGGUACUCAGGGAUAAGAAUGUAGCGUGAGAGGGAUGGUGGUAAAAUGACAACAAUAUCAAAACAGAACUCACUUAGCGACAACUUCCAAGAUGGCAAACCACAAGGUUCCGAGGUUUUCGACAUGGACCAGCGAAACUUACAUCGAUCCUAUAAAUAUGCCGGCAAACAGGUAUUAUACACCGCAUUUUAUGGCAUACCGAGAUAAUCAACGAUACGGCGAAGGCAGAGAAAAAUGGUUUCAAGAUUACCGUCGCUCGCACAUCGCUGAAAAAACCCUGGUCAAGAAUUUAAACACCCUUGGCUCUCCCUACAGACCAACAAGCUUUUCUGAUAAACCAGAUCGUGUGUUAGGCACUCGUUGCUUGCGAAGAGAAGCUGUUUUGAAAAAGCCACGGCAUCACCUCACUAACAGAAUUCCAGAUCGUGAGAGAGACCGUGCUCAAAUUGACGACAUUACUUUUCAACACCGACAGCAAUACAGAGACCAAAGUGGGACUUUGUUUGACCAAAAACUCGAUUAUUUUCACUACCCGACUACAGCAGAGCAGCAGUUUUUGCCUAAAGUAAGUCCUCCAGAGGGAACGAUCGGUGAUUAUCCAAACUGUACAAAAGCUUCCUUGGAAUACACUUAUGAUAAGGGGAGAGGCCCUAAAGACUACGAACUUUGGCAUAAAGUGUAGAGCGAGAUUGAGGACGACUUCUGCAAACAUAGCGAGGGAUUGAGACUCCUAAUAUGAACAGAUAUCGUUAGUAAAAGAGAAAAUAUUAAUCUUCGUUCAUGGAAGUGGAAGGUUUUUAUCAAAUGUACAUCUUUUGGUCGAUUCCAGAGUAUAAUAAGGUUUCUGUAGAUGUCAGUUGUUAAGCUAAAUCUGCAAUUUGUUCCGAUAUAUAUACAGCUUUAUUUUUAUAAGUUUACCAAUACAGCAAAGCUUACCAGAUUCAUUAACUUAAAACUAAAGUUUUAACUUAAAAAACCGAAAAGUGUUAGGAGCCGGCCCAGUAUGCAGGCGUUUCGGGUUAAUCUUGAGUUAAGCCAUCUUGAUUAUUUGGCGUCCUCUGUCCUUUGAGACCGGUUGUCAAGUUGAAUAACUUAUCAUUUAGUGAUUAGUCACUGCCAACAGUGUAUAUGAAAAGUGCAAUUAAGAGACUAACGGAUUAAAAACACAUUUCAAGCUUAAUGCAGGGCUAGAUAUGUGUCUUCCAUAUGUUUUUUGUAUUAUUUUCACAGAAAUCUGAGGAGAAAAGCAUCUCAUUUCAACAAAUCUAGAUGUGAGACAAAAUUAAGUUUUCCCCAAUUAAAAUAUGUUAAGAUAAAAAUAAUUACAUUUAGUAACUUGUAAAUGAAUUUUUAAGUUUCCUGUUUAAUUUUUUUCCU